UCUCCAUGGGGCUCAAGAAGAAGAUGAAGAAAGAUCGCGUGUUUCGUAUUCAGCGGCUGCGAACACAGUGAGAAGCACUAUGUACGCGGCCAAUGAUUCUAUGUUGCCGGAGAAGACUGACGGAAUGGACACAGCAUUUAAGCGACGUCGGCUAUCUCAAGAAACGGGCCACAACUUAACGAGCUAUGUCUUAAACACCUGGACAUACAAGGAGAGCCCAGAUGAAGUCGACACCCGUGGACAAGCUUCUAUCAGCGCGACACCGAUGACUUUGCUAGCGGAGACCCAUCGCGUACGCUUGGAGGACAUCAGCCCCAUUAGAAGAUCUCGUAGCACUGAACACGCGUCGCUGAACAUUACAGAACGGAGACGUUCAUUAUCGUUAAAUCGUGUGCGGUCCCUGGAGGAUUUGCCCAAGUGCAUUCAAAUGGUAAAGCGCUUCCAGAAGCUCGCAGAUGUCAGCAUAAAUAGGCCUCACAAGAGGGAGGUCAUGAGCAGCGAACGCACGGACGAACGACGGACGUGUGUCCGGUCCCCGAUGACAAUAGUGUCUCCUACUGAGCCACCCAGUACUCGCCCCGGAUGGAGCUCUGUGGAGUGCACUGCACGAGAUGGAUCUGGACUCGUACUUAGAGGUCAACAGUGCACAUGGAACUCGGAUAUCGCAGAAAGGCCUCUUUCUUCAGAUUAUCCGAGAGAACCGUCUUCCUUGCAAGAAAGACAACCGCAGAAAGUAAAAUGCGCUCAUGAUAAAAUUUCGAGCCCAUCAGUUACUUUAGAAUUUGCAAAUAUCCCACAGACUACACCACUGCUGACCGGGACGGCAUCCCAGGAAACAGUUUUAAGCGUAUUCUCUACAGCCCCAGCGCCGCCCCCUUAUAUGGACGACAUAUUCUUCCAAAAUGGACCACGUAGCAAACGGAAGUUCGCUUUUCUGGAGCCGCUGGUUAAACAUUUCCGAACAGGCCCAGCAGAACUGCAGAGCAUCCCAGAGGCACCUAGCGCUACCUCCAACAUUGAGCAAACGGUUCUUCCGGGUAGAUAUGCAACGGAGGUCAGGCAAACACGUGUUCUGCCGAUGAAUAGAAGGUUGCGACAUCCGGGCUACCCGUAUUUCUACAGGAGCGACAGGCCCAUGACGUAUACCAUCCCAUCGUACUCAGACAGGCCUCUAUUCGAAGGAAUAAAUCGUCAGUAUGAACCAGUGCAAACGUCGAGGUAUUAUAAUUACGGAAUUCCAAUGACCGAUAUUAGUGCACAAACACAACAGGCGGGUACAUACUUGGCGUACCCUGGAGGGCUGCAGAGAGAAAUAGCACAACCAGUGCGGGAAAAUACUGUUGGCGGCUUACCCAUAGGAAUGAGACCAAGAUUUAUUUAUUUACCUCAACAGGGUUAUUUACCCUUACAAGAGAGGGCACCAGAAGAAACGUCCCUUUUUUAUGGGCCAGAGACGUCGGUCACUGGAUCAAGUGCUCCUCUAAUGCUUGGUGCACCACCUCAACGGAUGGCUUUUCCAGAAGCACGAACACAUCGAGGAUCACAGCAACCGCCAUUUUUACCCUGGGCGCCAGUGCCGGCGAUGCCAUCGCAAGAGCGGAAAGGUUUCAGGCAAAUGCCGUUAUCUCAAUUACAAGAGGAGCCGACGAAGUUUCGAAAACCAGCACCACCGAUUAUUAUGCUCGAAACACCAGAGGGAUAUUCAGAGGUAGCAGAUGUCGUCCCAGCGGUAGGAAGUAUAACGCCCUAUACCCCUUCGGACCUGUCGGGCGCACCAUCGCCAGUCGUCCCUCUCCAACAAACGAUUAUGCCCCCUGUGACAACGAGUAACGCUGCAACAGCUAUGCCCAGUAUAUCGUUACUUAAACGCACACCACAACAGGAAAUAUAUCAGGCAGGAGCACAAGUACCACGUGUCCCGUCUGCGGGUACAGUGACGAAUGGUACACAAAGGGAUGCAGCGGCUAAAUCUGCGGCUGCUACAGUGGAAGGUACACCAUAUGAAGGCGUUCGAUCUGCAUCGUGGGAGUCAGUUCUGGCUACGCAGUUUGAAGGGAAGGCUAGAGGGGCCACACCAUCGUACCACGUGGAAACGCCGCAAAUUUUGGGCUUCACCGGCUCACAGAUUCACAUGCUGCAAGCCUACCGGAAGAGUCGUCGCGAUCUCAUGAACUGGGUUGUGUGCGGAGUGGUGGCCUUGUCCAUGGUCCUUAUCUUCAUGGUGCUCCUCUGUGCGUGGGCGUACAGCAAGCCAAGGUUCACGGAGGAGUCUCUCUCCAACAUGGUCGUCUUUAAUGAACUCACCCGGCAGCGGUAUCGAGCACGGGACCCAGUCGAAAAGUUCCUAUUGAAGCAAGUGUCUGCAAACGUUCUCAGAUUAUACCUCAAAGAGAUCACCAAAAUGGUUCACGUUGCUGGAACUGAACGCCAAAGAAGCAUUGCCGAGUAUGUGAAAAGUGUUUGGACAUCUUACGGUCUCUACACUAGCAUGGAAAAAUAUUCCGUGAUGCUGUCUCUGCCCGACGACCAGCUCGAGAAUCAGUUCGAUGUGAUCGACGGAAAUGGUCAGACUUUCCUGAAAUCGAAGGGGAACGUCUCGGGUGUAUUCAAUGCUUACUCACCAGGUGGAGACGUUAAGGCUAAUCUGCUCUAUUGCAAUCGAUGUAUGCCUGAUGAUUUCGUGGAUCUUGACAGAAUGGGGGCGAGUGCGAGCGGGAAGAUUUGCCUCUGCAGAUACUCUUCUAACAUGACAGUGGGCGACGCCGCGAAGGCAGUCGAUGACGCUGGUGUGGCUGCGACUCUUUUUUUCAUGGAUCCCAAAGACGUGGCUCCGAACCCGGACCAGGGGACGUAUCCUAAUUCUUGGUGGAUGCCCCGUGAGAGUGUGCGCCAAGCCAAUAUGCGCUAUCUCUACGACAUCGGAGAUCCUACGACAAACGGUUACGCAUCGAGAGAUGACUACCAAAUGCUGUACAGAGGAGACGUGCGUGACGUCCGUCUUCCACAAGCAUUAUCGCAGCCCAUAGGGUAUGGUGAUGCAGAAGAUAUAAUGAAGAGGCUUGGCGGACGUCCGUGCCCCAAUGGGUGGGCGCCUGAACUGGAAGGGAGCUGUUUCAUCGGAGACGGCAGCAGCAUCAGUGCCCAUCUGCAACUGCAUAACAGGCUUGCGAGGACCACUAUCCACAAUGUGCUUGCCUACAUAACUGGCGUUGUAGAGCCGGAUCGGUACGUUGUGUUGGGCGUUCCCCUGGAUUCGUGGAGCCACGGAGCGGUCACGCCGGGAACGGGUCUAGCGCAGGCACUGGAAGUUUCUAGGAUCUUGCAGAAACUGAGAAAGAAGAAGCGGUGGCUCCCUGCGAGAACCAUCGUGUUCGUUGGAUGGGACGCCCAUCAUUUCGGUGACAUAGGUGCUACAGAGUUUGUUGAGGCACAUCGCCAAAAGCUGAUGUUGCAAACGGUGCUCUAUCUCAACUCUGAAAUCUGCACAUCUGGCAAGAAGUUCCUGGUCACAGCUUCGCCAUCUGUUGCUAGCUCGCUGGAACAAAUGUUUCGUAGGGUUGUGUCAUCGGAUAAAGGGAUGCAGCGAGAUCGUGAAGGUGAAGAAUUUCGCUUACAACUGACAACUUCCGAGGUGGAGCAACUACGAGCUUCAGGAAGCCAUCUGCCGUUUGUGAGAUACGCGGGUGUGCCGUCCGUGGACGUCCUCUUUGGGAACCACAGCAAAGAUGGAUACUAUCCAGCCCUAGGCACAGCGCAGGACACGUAUGACCUGGUAGCGAAAUUCAUCGACAAGAAAUUCGAAGUGCAGCGCAUCUGUGCCCAGGUAAUAGCCAUCACACUUCGCCGUUGGGCGGACUCUCUGUUGCUGCCGUACGACUUGCGACGUCUGAAAUGGGAAAUGUUCCGGGCAUUUCGAAGAGUCCGGGACCAGUAUUCCGAAAAUCUAACAAACUGGCAGGUAGACCUAGAACCUGUUCGUGGUGCUUUGAUGCGUCUUGACGACAAGAUCUCAGAGUUUUUAAAUUUCAGAUCCAGGGCGAACCUGAAAAAUCCAUUCAGAAUACGUCGUCUAAACGACAUGCUUCUGGAGCUGGAACGCACAUUCUUGCUAGGUGUUUCUGGAGCCCCAGGAGUAGGCCAAAACGUCAUAUAUGGACCAUCGCAAACGUCGCCACUAAGGAUGGUUUUCUUCCCCGAGCUCCGUAACCUGCUGGGAGUCACGCCAUCAGACAUUGUCAAGCACAUUGAAGAUUUGAAGACGCAGGUCUCCUAUAUUUUGCAGUCUUUGCACCAGGCAGCCGACGUCAUCAACAUCGAGGAAAUCAUAUGACGGUUGAUAGUGCAAAUUUAGAUAACGUAACGCUACGGCCAUUAGGCCACUGAUUAAAAUGCAUAUUGGGCUAUUAAAUUACGUUGACCACAA